GCUAAGGUGCCGCCAUGGGGCUAAGUCCUGCUCCUGUCCUCAUCCUUCCUCUACUGCUGCUGGGGGCUUCAGUGGAAGGGCAGCCCCGGGGCCGGAUCCUGGGGGGCAGAGAGGCCGUGCCCCACCUGAGGCCGUACAUGGCCUCGCUGCAGCUGGACGGGCAGCACGUCUGUGGCGGCUUCCUCAUCGCCGAGCAGUGGGUGCUGAGCGCUGCGCACUGCACCGAGGAGACGGACGGCAAAUUCUUCCAGGUCCUCCUGGGUGCCCACUCGCUGUCGGAGCCGGAGCCCCACAAACGCCUGUAUCGGGUGCGCGCCCAGAUCGCCCACCCCGGCAGCAACAUCCACAACAACAAAGACGACCUCCUGCUCCUCCAGCUGGAGGAGAAAGCAGAGCUGAACUCAGACGUGCGGGUGCUGCCGAUCCAGCGGGAGGACAGGGACGUGGCUGCCGACACCGUGUGCCUGGUGGCCGGCUGGGGAGCCAUAAAGCACAGCGGCCGCCGGCCGGACAAGCUCCACGAGGUGGAGCGGCCGGUGGUGAGCCGAGACGUCUGCAACCACCGCAGCCACCACGACCAGACCAUCACCGACAAGAUGAUGUGCACCAACUCCCACAAGAAGGACAGCUGCAAGGGAGACUCCGGCGGCCCCCUGGUCUGCAACGGGGUGGCUGAGGGGGUGGUCACGGCCGGCUCCCGUGUUUGUGGCAACUACAAGAAACCUGCGAUCUACACCCGCAUCGCCCCCUACGCCGACUGGAUCGACAGCGUCAUGGCCUCUGCCGCUGGGGGUGAGGGGGACACUCGCUGAGCGCCCCCCCGGGGACCUGGCUGCACA